GUCUUUCUCUUCUGUACGUUUGUAAUUCUUCACAUUGUGCUGCUCCAAAGCUGCUCGCACGAUGAGUAACAGCGAGUGGAACGAUGCAGAGGCAAAUGUCCUCCCCGAGAAGGUGGCGGAGAUGGAGGCUGAAGGGGAAAUACCCAAUGGCACAGCCAGGAAGAGGAUAGUCGUGGUCGGACUGGGCAUGGUCGGGGUUGCCUUCAUCGAGAAGCUGCUCAAACUGGAUGUGAAGAGACGAGAAUACGACAUCACAGUCAUCGGCGAAGAGCCGCAUUUGGCCUACAACAGAGUCGGCUUGACCAGUUUCUUCCAGCACAGAGAAGCCGAAAACCUUUACUUAAAUCCGGCCUCAUGGUAUGCAUCGAUGCCCGAGGGCUCACUAUCAUAUCACCUCAACACUCUUGUUUCUUCAAUAGACACCAUCGCAAAGACUGUACAGACCGCAAAGGGAGACACAGUACCCUAUGAUAUCCUGGUUCUGGCCACAGGCUCAUAUGCACUUCUUCCGAGACACACACCUGGGCACGAUGCCAACGGCGUCUUCGUCUAUCGAACGCUGGAAGAUCUGGAAAAUCUCAUCAAGUUUUCCGCAACCCGAAAGGGCACAGUCGGCGCAGUAGUCGGUGGAGGUCUACUUGGUCUCGAAGCGGCCAAGGCGAUGAUGGAUCUGGAAGAGUACAGCAAGGUCAAGUUGAUCGAACGUAAUCGAUGGGUAUUGAGUCGACAGCUCGACGGAGAUGCUGGCAGCAUGGUGGUCGAACAAGUGCGCCAGCUUGGUCUUGACGUACUUCUCAGCAAAAGGGUGGGCAAAAUCACAACAGACCAGGAGAACAACGUCACCGGCGUGGUCUUCGAAGAUGGCGAGCAAAUUGACUGCUCAACAGUAUGUUUCGCUAUCGGCAUCAAAGCGAGAGACGAACUCGCUCGUGGGGCGGGUAUAAAGUGUGCCGACCGAGGAGCUGGUAUCAUUGUUGGCGACGAUCUUUCCACAUCGGCACAAGAUGUGUACGCUAUCGGAGAGUGCGCAAGCUGGCAGAACCAAACCUUCGGCUUGAUUGCACCGGGUGUCGAGAUGGCAGAUAUCCUGGCCUUUAACCUGACACAAGCCAAGGCACAUACCCCUCGGAAGUUCAAGACCCCAGACUUGAGCACGAAGCUGAAGCUGCUUGGUGUCGAGGUGGCCAGCUUUGGAGAUUUCUUUGCCGAUCGCGAUGGGCCAAAGAGUCUACCAAAAGCUCGUGGUGCGCGCAAGGAAGGUCUUGAUAACAAAGACAGAGUAGACUCUGCCAAAGCAUUGACCGAUGGGCCUCCGCCGCCUCCCGUAAAGGCGCUCACCUACAAGGACCCAUUCCAGCAGGUCUACAAGAAGUACCUCUUCACGAUGGAUGGCAAGUAUCUACUCGGAGGCAUGAUGAUUGGCGACACCAAAGAUUAUGUGAAGCUCGUCCCUAUGGUCAAGAAUCAGAAGCCUUUGGAAGUGUCACCUUCGGCAUUCAUCGUUGGCACACAAUCUGGUGACGAUGACGGGGACGAUCUGGACGACGACACACAAAUUUGCUCUUGUCAUAACGUGACCAAAGGCGAUGUGACGAAAAGCGUCAAGGACGGUACCUGCAAGUCUAUCGGCGACGUCAAGUCAUGCACGAAAGCAGGCACUGGAUGCGGUGGGUGCAUGCCACUCGUGCAGACAAUCUUCAACAAGACCAUGGCCUCAAUGGGUCAAGAAGUCAAGAACCACCUAUGUCCUCAUUUCGAAUACUCACGCGCAGAUCUCUUCAACAUCAUAUACGUGAAGAAACUCGAGACCUUUGCCGAUGUGAUGAAGCACGCUGGACGAGAACCCGACUCUGCCGGUUGCGAAGCCUGCAAACCAGCUAUUGGAUCCAUCCAAGCUUCGCUGUACAACAGGCAUCUUCUUGAUGAGGAUCGAAGAGGACUUCAGGAUACCAACGAUCGCUUCUUGGCGAAUAUCCAACGCAAUGGCACAUUCUCUGUUGUGCCUCGAGUGUCAGGAGGUGAGAUCACAGCCGAGAAGUUGAUCGUUAUUGGCACUGUGGCGAAGAAGUUUGGUCUCUAUUGCAAGAUCACUGGAGGUCAGCGUAUCGAUAUGUUUGGCGCAAAGAAGAAUGACUUGCCUCUUAUCUGGCAGGAGUUGAUUGAUGGAGGCCUGGAGUCUGGUCACGCUUACGCCAAGAGUUUGCGAACAGUCAAAUCAUGUGUGGGUACAACAUGGUGCCGGUUCGGUGUCGGCGACUCUGUUGGCAUGGCUGUGCGACUGGAGGAACGAUACAAGAGUAUUCGUGGCCCACACAAGUUCAAAGGUGGUGUAUCUGGAUGUGUGCGAGAAUGUGCUGAAGCUCAGAACAAGGACUUUGGUCUCAUCGCAACAGAGAAGGGCUUCAAUAUCUUCGUUGGAGGCAACGGAGGUGCGAAGCCCCGGCAUAGCGAGCUGCUUGCAAAGGACGUUCCGCCUGACGACGUCGUCCCGAUACUGGAUCGAUACCUCAUGUUCUACAUUCGCACAGGCGACAAGCUUCAACGAACAGCCCGAUGGCUCGAGAACCUCCCCGGCGGCAUCAAAUACCUCCAAGAAGUAGUCCUUCAAGACAAGCUCGGCAUUUGCGCAGAGCUCGAAAAGCAAAUGCAAGAGAUCGUCGGCUCAUUCUUCUGCGAAUGGACAGAAACCCUCAAAGACCCGAAGAAAAUGGCAGUCUUCAAACAAUUCGGAAACACAGACGAAUACGUCGACGGCACAGACAUCGUUCCCGAACGAGAGCAAACAAGACCCGCCAAAUGGGCUUCAGAAUCCGCAAAAGAAGAUUUCCGCGGAAAACAAUGGGAAAGCGAACUCACCUGGCAACCUCUGGCACAAUGCGAGCAGUUCGUCGAUACUGAAACAGGAUCCAGUCUUUCAGUCAAGCGAGGUGACACUCAAUUGGCUAUUUUCAAAGUCAAAGGGAAAUACUACUGUACACAGCAAAUGUGUCCUCACAAGCGCGCUUUCGUGUUGAGCGAUGGGUUGAUUGGAGAGGAUUAUAAGACGAAUAAGCUUUGGAUUUCAUGCCCGCUGCAUAAGCGGAAUUAUAGCAUGAAAGGCGAGGAUGCUGGGAAGUGUAGUAAUGAUGAGGCGGUCAAUAUUGCGACGUUCCCGGUUGAGGCGAGGGAUGAUGGGAUGGUGUAUGUGAAGUUGCCGAGUGUGGAAGAGCUUGACAGUGUGCUGGGUACGGAGAAGUGGAAGGUCAAGAAGGAAGAGACGGAAGCGAAGUCGGAGUUUGCGAAGUUGGAUGAGAGGUUGGCGAAGAUCCAAAAGGGGAGGAAAGGAAUACAAGCAAGCCAUUUGGUCAAUGGACUUGGUGCUGAGGGCAAAGCGAGAGCGAUUUUGGCUGGUGGGGAGAGGGGAAGUGGUGGUGGGAUGGAUUGGUGAAAGGCACAUGUCGAACAUUUUCUGUUCAAUUUCGAUUUGGUUAUGGAUUCGGCUUAUGUGAGACGACAAAUGAUACAUGAUAUUAUCAUAGAUGAGCAUAUACAAGUGCUGGCUCGCUGUCUACCUGCCUCUUACAGUUCUUCAUCCAAGCUUAUGAUUGCGAUGCUUUCACAGCGGC